GGCAGGGAGAGUCCAGCAUAGGACAUCAUUGCAGGAAGCCAGGAUGGGAAUGCAGAGCUUGGCUGUGGCUUGUGGGGCACUGACCUUGUGCCUGGCACUCACCACCGCCACCAACCCCGGCUUCGUGGUGAGGAUCACCCAGGCAGGCUUGGACUACGCCCAACAGCAGGGGAUCGCGAUCCUGGAGAAGGAGCUGGCCCAGCUGAAGCUGCCAGACUUCUCGGGUAAAUCGGGGAAAGUGCGCUAUUCAUUUUCCAGAUUGCGCAUUCCCAGUUUCCGCUUGCCACACUCACGGAUCACCCCGAUCUCCAACGUGGGCCUGCAGGUCUCCAUCUCCAAUGCCUUUGCUGAGCUAAAUGGAGACUGGCGGGUGAAGUUUCUCUUCAUACGGGGACAUGGAUCUUUCAACCUGAAGGUAGAAAAUGUCAACAUGAAAAUCAUCCUGAGGCUGGGCAGUGACACCACUGGGAAGCCCACCAUCAGCACCUCGGGCUGCAGUGCCCACAUCUCCAAAGUCCGUGUGCGCUUUUCAGGCAAGCUUGGGUGGCUUUACAACCUGUUCCACCGCGUUAUUGAGUCCAAGUUGCGAAAGAAUUUAGAGAGCAAGGUGUGUGACAAUGUGGCCAAGUCUGUGAAAAACGAGCUCCAGAAGCAGGUCCAGACACUACCAGUCACAGCCAGGAUAGAUGACAAGAUUGGGAUUGAUUACUCCUUGGUAGCACCCCCAAGAGCUAGCCCCAAGUCGCUGGACCUGGACCUGAAGGGUGAAUUCUACUCCCUGGCCCACCGCUCCACCGUCCCCUUCUCACCGCUGCCACUGGCCUUCCCCUCGGAUCACGAGCGCAUGGUUUACUUUGGAGCCUCCAGCUACUUCUUCAACACAGCUGGCAUUGCCUACCACAAGGCCGGGGCACUGGUCUUUGAAAUCACAGAGGCCAUGAUCCCAAAGGAUGCAGGAUUCAGCUUGGACACCUCUAUCUUCUCAGCCUUCAUUCCCCAGCUGGAGGAGAAGUACCCAAACAUGCCAAUGAAGUUCAGGCUGUCCACUCCCACUGCUCCAUUCCUGACUAUUGGACCAGGAGGAAUCUCAUUCCAGCCCAUUGUGGAUGUCCAGGCUUACGCCAUCCUUCCCAACUCCAGCCUGGCUCCUCUCUUCCUCCUCAGCCUGACAGGGAACGUGUCCGCUGUCAUCAACGUGAGAUCCGGCCGCUUAGUUGGGAGCCUGGAUGUGGGCAGGAUCAGGCUCUCCCUGAAGGAUUCAGCUGUUGGCACUUUCCAGGUGCAAUUUCUGCAGUCCGUAAUGAACUUCUUGACAUCCAGUGUCCUCCUCCCACAUCUUAAUGCCCGCUUAGAUGAGGGUUUCCGUCUGCCACUACCGGACAGGAUUCAGCUCUCCAAUAUCCUUGUGAGGUUCCACCAGAAUUUCCUGCUGCUUGGAGCAGACGUUCGCUUCCAGCCCCAGGAGAUCCAUGGGAUAGGGACAGGGAUGGAGAGCAGCAGGGCUGGGACGCUGCUCCUGGGCAGCCCAGGCUCUUCCCAGCUUUUGCUGGGAGCAGGCUGCAGGAAUGUGGCUCUGUCAGGCCCAGCGGCCAGUGCCAAACCCAGCUCUGCUUCACAGAGGAUGUCACAGGCAGGGAUUGCUGGCAGGGAGAGAGAGCUGGAAACUGGGCUGUUGCCUCCCAGUUUCCACUGCUCCUUCCCUGCCUUUGGUGAGAGGCACCAGGUGUGCCUCUGUGCUGGGCCAUGUCAUGGUGCCAGCAGCACAGCGGAGCAGGGUGGUGGCCAAGCAGGAAGUCCUGGAGAGGCCCCCAUGGCUACUCACACCACCUUUGGCCAAAGUUCCUGUUUUGGCAGGGAUAUAAAGGUGAUGUGGGCAGGGAGAGCCCUGCACUGCGUGGCACUAUUGCAAGCCAGGAUGGGAAUGCAGAGCGUGGCUGUGGCUUGUGGGGCACUGACCUUGUGCCUGGCACUCACCACCGCCACCAACCCCGGCUUCGUGGUGAGGAUCACCCAGGCAGGCUUGGACUACGCCCAACAGCAGGGGAUCGCGAUCCUGGAGAAGGAGCUGGCCCAGCUGAAGCUGCCAGACUUGUCGGGUAAAUCGGGGGAUUUGCACUAUUCGCUCUCCAGAUUGCACAUUCCCAGUUUCCGCUUGCCACACUCACGGAUCACCCCGAUCUCCAACGUGGGCCUGCAGGUCUCCAUCUCAAAUGCCUCUGUUGAGAUGAAUGGGCACUGCUGGGUGAAGUUUCUCUUUAUACGGGGGCCUGGAUCCUUCAACCUGAAGGUGGAAAAUACCUCCAUCAAAUUCAUCCUGAGGCUGGGCAGUGACACCACUGGGAAGCCCACCAUCAGCACCGCAGACUGCAGUGCCAGCGCCUCCAAAGUUGGCUUGAGCUUUUCAGGCAAGCUUAAGUGGUUUUACGACCUGUUCAAAAAGGGUCAUAAGUCCCUGUUGCAGAAGAAUUUAGAGACCAUGGUGUGUGACAAUGUGGCCAAGUCUGUGAAAAACGAGCUCCAGACGUACAUCCAAACACUGCCAGUCACAGCCAGGAUAGAUGACAAGAUUGGGAUCGAUUACUCCUUGGUAGCACCCCCAAGAGCUACUGCUCAGUCCCUGGAUGCAGACCUGAAGGGUGAAUUCUACUCCCUGGCCCACCGCUCCACCGUCCCCUUCUCACCGCUGCCACUGGCCUUCCCCUCGGAUCACGAGCGCAUGGUUUACUUUGGAGCCUCCAGCUACUUCUUCAACACAGCUGGCAUUGCCUACCACAAGGCCGGGGCACUGGUCUUUGAAAUCACAGAGGCCAUGAUCCCAAAGGAUGCAGGAUUCAGCUUGGACACCUCUAUCUUCUCAGCCUUCAUUCCCCAGCUGGAGGAGAAGUACCCAAACAUGCCAAUGAAGUUCAGGCUGUCCACUCCCACUGCUCCAUUCCUGACUAUUGGACCAGGAGGAAUCUCAUUCCAGCCCACUGUGGAUGUCCAGGCUUACGCCAUCCUUCCCAACUCCAGCCUGGCUCCUCUCUUCCUCCUCAGCCUGACAGGGAACGUGUCCGCUGUCAUCAACGUGAGAUCCGGCCGCUUAGUUGGGAGCCUGGAUGUGGGCAGGAUCGGGCUCUCCCUGAAGGAUUCAGCUGUUGGCACUUUCCAGGUGCAAUUUCUGCAGUCCGUAAUGAACUUCUUGACAUCCAGUGUCCUCCUCCCACAUCUUAAUGCCCGCUUAGAUGAGGGUUUCCCUCUCCCACUUCUGGACAGGAUUCAGCUCUCCAAUAUCCUUGUGAGGUUCCACCAGAAUUUCCUGCUGCUUGGAGCAGACGUUCGCUUCCAGCCCCGGGGAUGAAGAUGAGGCAAUGAGAGCCCUUCAGCACUAAAUAUGCUCCAUUCACCACUUUGCCAUUCCCUGCCUGAGCCGAAGACCACCAGUCCUGCCACUGUCCUGCACUGCUGCCGUGGCCCGGACCCUCCAUCCCCCUGCUGGG